AUGGUCUUUACCACAAAGGCAGUCAUCGCGUCCUUUGGCGGCAAGCUUCUGAAGCUCAGUCACAAGGCCACUUCGACCAGAUGUGAGAUGGCUUUCAACCUCUAUCUUCCCCCGCAGGCCUUUGAGGAUCCGCCGAGGAAAAUUCCCGUCAUGAUCUAUCUAUCUGGCCUGACAUGGGGCCUCAACAUUCCAGGAGAGAACGAUAGCUGGGACUUUGGCACGGGUGCCGGGUUCUACGUAGACGCCACCCAAAAGCCUUACAAUGAAUCGUACAAUAUGUACACGUACGUGAGAGAGGAGCUGCCCAAUGUGGUUUUCCAGCACUUUCCCCAGCUGGAUCCCGAGAGGGUCAGCAUCACGGGCCACAGUAUGGGCGGCCACGGAGCUUUAAUGUUGUACCUUCGCAACCCCGGGAAAUACCGAUCUGUCUCUGCGUUCGCGCCGAUUUGUAACCCUAUCAACUGCCCUUGGGGCCAAAAGGCCUUUUCAGGUUAUCUCGGAGAGAAUUACCAGGACCUAUGGAAAGAAUACGAUUCUACUGAAUUGGUGAAAGGAUGGAAAGGUCCCUUGAAAAUGCUUAUCGACGUAGGUACUGGCGAUAAUUUCUACAGGCAAGGCCAACUUCUUCCCGAAAACUUCGAGAAAGCAGUCACUGAAGCUGGAGUCAAGGGUCUACAGAUACGCUAUCGGCCAGACUACGACCAUAGCUACUACACAAUGGCGUCAUUCUCGGAUGACCACGUUGCGCAUGCGGCAAAAUAUCUUGUAUAG